CAAUGCAUGAAACUGACUCCAGAUCAGCGCUUCGCGUCUAGCGUCAGUUUACACCAAAACGUCUCGCGAGAUGUCAUAUUUCAUCGAUUUGAAACAUGGCGUCGGAAGGAGAAGCGGGUAGUGCUUCUGUUGUUGAACCAGAUACUGGAGACUGUGGUGCUGGAUUUGGGGACCUGACAGGCAACAUGGACACUGAGUCAUCAAAUGGCAAAGAGGCCAUGGACACGGGUGGUGAGGGUUUGGAGGCGGCGGACACCCAGACAGGUUCUGGGGACGAGGAAAGCGGCAGGCACCAGGGAGAGGUGGAGCUGCAGUGUGCUCUCUGUAUGAAGUGGUUCACAGCCGACACCUUCAGCAUCGACACCGCGACUUGUUUGCCUUUCAUGACCAACUAUGUGUUCCAUUGUAACGUGUGUCAUCACAGCGGCAACACCUACUUCCUCAGGAAACAAGCCAACCUGAAGGAGAUGUGUCUGACUGCCCUGGCUAACCUCACAUGGAGGUCCAGGACUCAGGAAGAGCACCCCAAGACGAUGUUCACCAAAGACAAGGACAUCAUCCCGUUCAUUGAUAAAUACUGGGAGUGUAUGACCACCCGACAGAGACCUGGAAAGCUCACCUGGCCCAACAACAUAGUCAAAGCCAUGAGCAAAGAGCGGGAUGUGUUCCUGGUGAAGGAGCAUCCAGACCCAGGCAGUAAGGACCCAGAGGAGGACUACCCUAAGUUUGGCCUGCUGGACCAGGAUCUGGGCAACAUUGGACCAUCUUACGACAACCAGAAACAGACCACCGCUGCUCCCACUCCUGGAGGGCUCAACGGUGGACCUUGUUUCUCAGGUGGUCUGGCCCCCGGCCCAGGGAAGGGUAGAGGAGCCAAGCGUAAGCAGCAGCAGCAACAGGAGGGAGCCACAGCCGGAGCAGCCAAGAGAACACGCAGUGACCCUCUGUUUUCGGCCCAGCGUCUACCCCCCCAUGGUUACCCCCUAGAGCACCCCUUCAACAAAGAUGGCUACCGCUACAUCCUAGCAGAGCCGGACCCCCAUGCCCCCGACCCAGAGAAACUAGAGCUGGACUGCUGGGCUGGGAAACCCAUCCCCGGAGACCUCUACAGAGCCUGUCUCUACGAGAGAGUACUGCUAGCCCUGCACGACAGAGCCCCCCAGCUGAAAAUCUCAGAUGACCGUCUGACAGUGACAGGGGAGAAGGGUUACUCCAUGGUCAGAGCCUCCCACGGUGUCAGGAAAGGAUCCUGGUACUUUGAGGUCUCCAUCGAUGAGAUGCCCCCGGACACUGCAGCCAGACUGGGCUGGUCUCAGCCCCUAGGUAACCUGCAGGCCCCUCUGGGAUAUGAUAAGUUCAGCUACUCGUGGCGCAGUAAGAAAGGGACACGCUUCCACCAGUCUGUGGGGAAACACUACUCCUCAGGCUACGGACAAGGAGACACUCUGGGCUUCUUCGUAGAACUUCCGGACGGCACUGAGACAGCCAAGGCACUGCCUGACACGUACAAAGACAAGGCGCUGAUUAAGUUUAAGAGCUACCUGUACUUUGAGGAGAAGGACUAUGUGGACAAGGCAGAGAAGAACCUGAAGACUGUUACCCCCAGCAGGAUGCUGUUCUAUAAGAAUGGGGUGAAUCAGGGUCAGGCCUAUGAGAACCUGUUUGAGGGGCUUUACUUUCCUGCCAUCUCUCUCUACAGGGGCUGCACGGUGUCCGUUAACUUUGGACCACAUUUCAAACACCCUCCAAAGGACAUCAAGUACCAGCCAAUGAGUGACAUGGGCUGGGGAGCAGUGAUUGAACACACGUUGGCUGACAUGCUGUACCACGUAGAGACGGACGUGGACGGACGACGUAGCCCGCCCUGGGAAGGAUAAACGCACGCGCACACCAGAGCUCAACACACAGACGGCCAGUUGAGUGUUCGGACAAAGGCACGGAGGAGUCCAUUCCAGCAGAUAUAGGUGGGCUGAUGUCGACCUGAACACUGACACACUGUACUCUCUUUGUACUCUCUCACUGUACUCUCUAAACAUUACCUUCAUUGGUAACUUAGAAAAAAUCCUAAUGGACAAGAUGUGUGUGUGAUCUAAAAAAGGGAGACUUUGAUGUCAGUUGACUGAUUUUUACGUGUGUCUGAACAUAACACUCUUAGCUUAUGAAGCACGUCCAGGUGUUUCAGCAUUGUAAAUUCAUGUACUAGUAUGCAUAAACAGUUAAAGGGAAGUGUAAAAAAAAAAAAAAAAAUCUACUUCAUAUUCAUCUCCAGCAUCACCCCAACAUAUGUGAAAAUGGCACGUUUCUGUUUUGUAGUAAAAAAGAUGGAGAACCUUAAGUGUUUCUAAUGACAUCAUCGGUGUGCAUCAUGUGAUUUUUAACCAAUUAUGAGUAGGCAUUGCCUACUAAUUGGAAACACUUAUUUUCCUCUUUUACUACAAAACAUAAAAACACGCCAUUUUCACAUUCACACAUGUUGAUGUUGGUGUGGAGAUGAUGAAUAUGAAGUUAAAAUUGUGAAAUUUCCCUCAAAAGGAAGGAACAAAUCUGUACAUUGUUUUGACCCAACUAAGUUUCAAUUUAAUAUAUCUAACAUUUGUCAGCACCCCAGGUAGUCUUAUUGACAGACGUUCUAUCUUCAAAUGAACAGAUUCAGUUGCCUGUGUUCUGUUAUUUGUCGUAAUAUACUAUAUAUACACAAGUAUGUGGACACCCCUUCAAACUAGUGGAUUUGGCUGUUUCAGCCACACCUGUUGAUGACAGGUGUAUAAAAUCGAGCGCACAGCCAUGCAAUCUCCAUAGACAAACAUUGGCAGUAGAAUGACCUUACUGAAGAGCUCAGUGACUUUCAACGUGGCACCGUCAUAGGAUGCCACCUCCAACAAGUCAGUUUGCCAAAUUUCUGCCCUGCUUGAGCUGCCCCGGUCAACUGUAAGGGCUGUUAUUGGGAAGUGGAAAUGUCUAGGAGCGUUGAGCAAUAACGAAGUAUGAGGCUCAGCUGCGAAGUGGUAGGCCACACAAGCUCACAGAAUGGGACCACAAGGGCUGAAGGGUGUAGUGUGUUAUCUGUCAUUGGUGGCAACACUCACUACCGCAUUCCAAACUGGCUCUGGAAGCAACGUCAGCACAAGAACUGUUUGUCGGGAGCGUCAUGAAAUGGUUUUCCAUGGCCGAGCAGCCACACACAAGCCUAAGAUCGCCAUGCGCAAUGACAAGCGUCGACUGGAGUGGUGUAAAGCUCGCCGCCAUUGGACUCUGGAGCAGUGGAAACUCGUUCUCUGGAGGGAUGAAUCACGCUUCAGUAUUUGGCAGUCUGACGGACUAAUCUGGGUUUGGCGAAUGCCAGGAGAUCGCUACCUGCCGCAAUGUGUAGUGCCAACUAUAACAAUUGGUGGAGAUGGAAUAAUGGUAUGGAGAUGCUUUUCGUGGUUGGGACUAGGCCCCUUAGUUCCAGUGAAGGGAAACCUUAACGCUACAGCAUACAAUGACAUUCUAGAUGAUUCUGUGCUUCCUCCUUUGUGGCAACAGUUUGGGGAAGGCCCUUUCCUGUUUAAGCAUGACAAUGCUCCCCUGCACAAGCUGAGGUCCAUACAGAAAUGGUUUGUUGAGAUCGGUGUGGAAGAACUUGACUGGCCUGCACAGAGCCCUGACUUCAAUCCCAUCGAACACCUUUGGGAUUAAUAGGAACGCCGACUGCGAGCCAAGCCUAAUCGCCCAACAUCAGUGCCUGACCUCAAUGCUUUUGUGGCUGAAUGGAAGCAAGUUUCCAACAUCUAGUGGAAAGACUUCACAGAAGAGUGGAGGCUGUUGUAGCAGCAACUGGUGGGACCAACUCCAUAUUAAUGUCCAUGAUUUUGGAAUGAGAUGUUUGAUGGGCAGGUGUCCACAUACUUUUGGCCAUGUAGUGUAGCUGCUAGCUGGUCUCGUAGAUGUAAAAUCUAAUUGUUUUACCAAGUAGUUUGGUCUUUUUGUGGUCUUUUUUUUACGAUGUUAUUUUGUUUUACAUUCAUACUGGUUUUAAUAAAGUGAAGAUUUUUGGAAA